AAGGACAUGAAAAACACAUUUCUAUUCUCACCAGCACGAUACAGAGGAAGACAUCAACUCUUGAUACAGAGGGACGGAACAACGGUGUUGGUGGACUUUUGGGAUACGGCUGAACUCUGACCUCUACAAUCAGCAACUGGUAUUCUGAAGAUGAACAUAAUACUCCUUCACUACAACCACACUGGGAGGAUGGGAAACCAGCAGAUGAAUCAUGUGGACUUUCAAGUCAUCAUCUUCCUCAUCAUUUGCUGCUUCAUCGUUCUGGAGAACCUCACCGUCCUGGUGGCCAUAUGGAGGAACCACAGGUUCCACAACCGGAUGUACUUCUUCAUUGGGAACCUGGCACUGUGUGACCUGCUGGCUGGAGUCUCCUACAUGGUCAACUUGCUCCUCUCUGGGAAUAAGACGUUUGAUCUCUCACCGACUCUGUGGUUUAUUAGAGAGGGCAGCACAUUUGUAGCACUCAGUGCCUCCAUCUUCAGUCUCUUGGCCAUCGCCAUAGAGAGACACCUGACUAUGAUCAAAAUGAGACCUUAUGAUGCCAACAAGAACUACAGAGUGUUUCUGCUCAUAGGGACCUGCUGGCUGAUUGCUGUGAUCCUGGGAGCUUUACCCAUCUUAGGUUGGAACUGCAUGGACAACCUCCAUGACUGUUCCACAGUCCUGCCUCUGUACAGCAAGAAAUACGUAGCUUUCUGCAUCACAGUUUUCAUAACCCUGCUUUUAGCCAUGUCAGUUCUUUAUGCUCGCAUCUACAUCCUUGUAAAAUCCAGCAGCCAAAAGGUGAGUAAACACAGCAACUCUGAGCACGCUAUGUCCCUUCUACGCACCGUCAUCAUUGUAGUCGGAGUCUUCAUCGCCUGCUGGACACCCCUCUUCAUCCUGCUCCUGGUGGAUGUGGCGUCUGAGCAGCGCUUCCCAGUCCUCUACAAGGCUGACUGGUUUAUAGCACUGGCUGUGCUCAACUCGGCCAUGAACCCAGUCAUCUACACUCUGGCCAGUCGCGAGAUGAGACGGGCCUUCCUGGCUCUGGUUUGUGGCGUUUGCUACAAGAUGAAGGCGUCGGUGAAUGGGAGUGGGAACAGGCAGUCCCUUGAGCCGAGCCGGAGCAGGAGCAAAUCAUGGAGCAGUCAGAACAACCAAAACCAGCAAAGGGGCCAGGAGACGGACACUGGAACGAAUAGAGAGGAUGUUCAGGAGGGUGUUUAGAGUGAUGGGAAAAACUGAGAGAAGAGUUGCAGAAAUCAAACAAAUGUGGAAAGAUGCUUGAGAGAUGAAGUCAGUUUAACACGAAGCAAAUCCAGUAUGAAGAUUGGACUAUGCAGUUGCUCCGGCACAGAAGUUUCACUUUGGUGACUAAUGUUUACACAACUUAAGCAUCUGUAAUUGAGACCAGCACAGUUACUGAAUGUACUAACUGUGCUGGUUUUGCCUUCUUGUCAAGUCCUGAAAGAAACCAAAUACGUUCAAAUGGGAUCAUUAAAAUUGCAGGCAGAUAUUUAGAAUAUAAAGAAAGACCAAUAUUAUUAACAGUGCAUUUCCAGAGAACAGGUCAUCUACACUCUGGUCAGUUGCGAGAUGAGACGGGCCUUUCUGGCUCUGGUUUGUGGCGUUCGUGACAAGACGAAGACUUUUUGUGGACGUCAGUGGGAACAGACAGUUCCUGGAGCCUCGGCAAAGCUGGAAGAAAUCAUGGAUCAGCCAGAACAAACCAAAACCAGAAUGAACAGAGGGGUUUGGAGACACACACACACCCCAGUGAGGUCUCACAGAUGUCUGGAACAAGAGUACCCUCAGAAGGGGCAUCAGGACCACGGAGAAGACUGAAAAAAGGGUGCAAGUUAACCAGAAUUAGGAACAAGCUCUUUUUCCUUCUCUUGGUGGAUGUGCCAGCACUGCCCAAGCCUCUUCAAGGCCGACUGGUUUACUGGACCGGCUGAGGUCAACCCUACACUUUGGCCAUUAAAUUCAGAUGGGAAUUUUCUGGCACCUGUUUGUGGCAUUUGCUGCAUUUCUUUGGUUACCAACAAAUGCUUCAACAGCAUGAGCUUAUCUAAAGGAGCCAGAUAUGGUUUUUAUAUGAAAGCACAUCUGCUACUUAGGGAAAAUGUGUUUUAAAAAAUGCCAAAAGCUGCAUCUGACACCAAAGAAAAAGAAUCUUAGUCGUAAGAAACACAAGAGAGAUUAUACACAUUCACAAUUUUAUUGCCAAACAGUCAUACAGAAUAAUGACAAACCCAUACAACUAAAAGAUUAAACAUCUGUAAACAUCAUUUGGACUCGUUUUUAUUUCGUACUUUUAAAUAUAGCUGUCCCGAAAUAGUGUUUUUCUGUGACUCCCUCUGUCAUUAAUGUAUAACCCAGAAAGAAUGACAUUUAUAAUACAUAUUAAUAGUGAGGGAAAGAGACCAAGAGAAAGUGAGAACACUAGUCUCAAGCAGCAACACGCAGCAGGGCAAAAACAACCUCCAGUGAACAGGCAUGCCCCAUUGAAGAUCAGCUAUUGCACACUGAAGGGAGAGAAAAGAAAACACCAUUUGUACAAAUUAAAGGCACAUUUCAGUCAAGAGAAAUCUGGAAAGACGCCAUCAGUGUCCAAGCAUUUUUUUUUUAGUCGAGUAGAUUCUUUACAUUGCAGAGCUAAUAAGGUUCAGUCUGUUACAUUCAAGUAUGAAGCCGUUUUCACUUUCUUCAAAAUGUUGUCCAAUUUGCUUGAUUUUUUUUUUGUUUUAUUUUUUUAGAAAAUUUAGUAUUGUUCCCUUUUGCAAGUUCUCAAGUUUGCUGGAAAAUUUAGUCACAAACAUUGCAGAAGAAAGAGAUGUAAAGAAGUAAAAGUGUUUUAUAGUAUGCCAAAGGUCCAUGACCAAACAGGUUGCUGUGCGGUUCCUGUACUAUACACACCUUCUUGCAGCAAAACACAGGCACAUUAUAUUACAUUGCAUCUGUCUUGUCAAACUCAUUGAACACGUACUUGUUUUGGUACAACUCAAGUGGUCGAGUGCAUUUCAAAUACAAUGCCCCAUUCAUUUGGUAUCCAUCAGUCCUGACAACAGUAAGAAUGAAGCCAUUUGAAAAGAAAAAAAGAAAGAAAAAAACAGGCAUUUUCCAGAGCAGC